AUGGCGGGGGACCACACUCAUGCAGGCGCGCACAACCACCACCAUCAUCACUCCGUGAUCCUGGGCGAAAUACCCGUUCCCCACGGACCUGUCGCUGACGGGGAGAGCGACGACAGCUCUUCCGACCAGCAGCACAGCCAGCAGGACGACGCGCACGACGUCCUCGCAGGCACCAAUGCCCACGAGCGCCGCAUCUUCAGCCAUGUCACCCGCCCGGAUGACAGCUACGACGCUGACGGCACCUACUGGGCCGACAUGCCCCUCGCACGCCGCGCCCGCUUCGUCGCCAAGGUCGAUGCCGCUGCCGCGCACGAGGAGCUCUCCACCAUCGGCGGCAUGGUGAAGAAGGACCCGCUGUCCCCUGCUGCCUGGUACCUCCGCAACGCCAUCCUGCCCGGUGCCGGUCUGGGUCUCGAGGGGUACGUUCUCUUCUCCAUUGGCAACCUCGAGCCGCUGUUUGCCAAGGUGUGGCCGGCCUGCUGGGAGAGCAACGAGGUCUGCUCCAAGAACUGGGUCGCCAGUGUCACCUACCUCGAGAUCAUCGGCAUCAUGGUCGGCCAGGCCGCCGUCGGCGUCAUCGGCGACUGGGUCGGUCGUCGCUGGGGCCUGAUCCAGGACGCUCUCAUCAUGUUCAUCGGUCUCCUCAUGCUCACCGCCAGCUGGGGCCUGACGCUCCAGGGCUGGGUCAUCUGCUACGCCUGGUCCCUCUUCUUCUACGGUCUGGGUGUCGGCGGCGAGUACCCCAUCACCGCCACCUCGUCCCUCGAGAAUGCCGUCGCCUCGGGCAAGCUGUCCACGCGCGAGGAUCGCCUGCACCGCGGUCGCCGCGUCACCACCGCCUUCCUCAUGCAGGGCUGGGGCCAGUUCGUCAACCAGGUCGUCCUCCUCGUCCUCCUCGUCAUCUUCAACUCCGGCGACGGCGGCCCGCCCUACUCCCAGUCGGCGGCCCAGUACGCCUUCCGCCUGUCCUUUGCCUUCCCCGCCGUCGGCACCCUCUGGCUCGUCUACUACCGUACCUGGAAGAUGCCCAACGCCAGCAAGAAGCUCGCCGAGGCCAAGUCGCGCCGCAAGGUCACCGGCUACGACGUCAACUCCCUCAAGUACUGCUUCAGGCACUUUGGCGGCCGCCUGCUCGCCACCGCCGGCACCUGGUUCUGCAACGACGUCUUCUUCUACGGCAACAAGCUCUUCCAGGGCCAGUUCAUCAAGGUCAUCUCCAGCAAUCCAGACUCCCUCAUGACCACCUGGACCUGGAACCUCGUCAACAUCACCGUCUCCCUGGCUGGCUACUACCUCGCCGCCCUCCUCAUCGACAACAAGUUCUACGGCCGCAAGAUGAUGCAGCAGGUCGGCUUCUUCAUGUGCUUCCUCAUGUUCGUCAUCCCCGCCUUCAACUUUGAGUACUACACCUCCCCGGCCGGCAUCCACGCCUUCCAGGCCAUGUACUUUCUCAGCUCCUUCUUCAACCAGUUCGGCCCCAACUCGGUCACCUUCCUCGUCGCCGGCGAGGUCUUCCCCACGCCCGUCCGCGCCACCGCCCACGGCUUCAGCGCCUGCUUCGGCAAGGCCGGCGCCCUGCUCGCCAGCGUCCUCUACAACUACAUUGACAAUCAGACCAAGUUCUACGUCGUCCCCUGGUUCGGCCUCGCCGGCAUGCUCCUCACCCUCCUCUUCCUCCCCGACACCACCGGCCUCGACCUCAAGGAGCAGGAGCGCCGCUGGAGCUACAUUGUCAGGGGCAAGAGCCACGAGUACCACGGCGUCGCCGUCCACCCCCAGCACUUGUCCCUCUGGGAGCGCCUCCGCGGCCAGGGCAAGAACUAUCACGCCGAGAAGGACUGGCGGGCCAAAAUUGACGACAUGCGCAAGGAGUGGGAGGACGUCCGCGAGGCCAUGGGCCCCAAGGAGCACGGCAACGGAGACCACACGACCAGCGGCAUGCCCGACGACGGCGAGUUCUCCCCCGAGAUCCACGACUACUUUGUGCGCUCUAGUCCCAAGGGCCCUCGUCCGGGUUCCCAAGGUGUCCUGAAUGAAAAGGCUUCGUCUGGCGGGACCAGCAGUCAAUAA